AUGGCCGCGGAGCUUCUUUCCAACGCCUUCUCCGUUCUUGACCUUGAUGCCGAGGACGAUAGUGAGCAGACGAGCACCGCGGGCAUCUCCGCCGCGGCGAAGUCGGCCACGAAUGGGAACCAUGUCCGGAAAUCAGGUGAACGGGGAGAGCGUUUUUUCCUUCUUCUUUUCCCUCCUCUUGGUUCUUACGAAAAAUAUGCGGCUGCGCCUUGAGGGAUGCCGGUUGGAUUGGACUGCCUCGUCUGUUUCUCGAAGUAAGAUAAGGCGGUCUGUACUCGAGAGAGUUAGGUUUUGUAGGAUGAGUUUGGGGUUCACUGAAAUGUCACAGUCGGGGAAGUGAAUUUCUCGGAUUUUUCAGCUAAUGAUCCUCUCUGCUCAACAGCCAGGGAAACCACGGGGAGGAUCCGAUGGAAUGGAGUAUUGUUUGACAUUGCUUUAUUUUAGAAAACCAUUUCAUUGGACGGAAGAACCGUAGCUGAAAGUUGGGCAUCUGAGGAGUGUGGUUCAAUUUUUAAUUGGGUUAAAUAAAAAAGCCCAUAGUCUAAAUUAGAGAAGAAGGUUUACAUAGGUUGUUGAAAAGUUUAUCAAUCGCAUCUACAUUCAUGUCAAUAUUACGUUGAUGCCCGUGGUUAUAAUACUGAUGUUAGUAUGCCCUUUGGUUUAUGAUUCGGUUGUGGAACGUGCUUCUAUCUUACUUUUAUGGGCUCUUUUCUCAUUCCGGUACUUUAGAUUAAAAUGCAUUGCCAGAGUCUAUAACCUAUAGAUUACAAGAACUACAAUUUCCAGAGAUAAAACGAUAGAAAGAAUUGGAUACCCUCAAAGAGCACAAAAGUUCAUGUAUUCUUGACUUGGAGGAGGCAAAGCCGAAUAUUUAAAGUUGAGUACGUCUGCUAUCGAUCAGAAUGCACUUCUCGAUGGCAUUUGUCUAACAAAGGACAUGGUAACUGCAUGUACAAUGGAGAAACUUUAAGGCUCUCAAAAUCCUACCCGGUCCUCUUCCCUAUAAGUGAGUGUAGAGACACGCUAUAAUUUCCAAUGAUGAAACUUGAGUAAAAGCAUUGCCGAAGUCAAAAACCUGUAGAUUAAGAGAGCUAAAAUUCUAGAGGAUAAGCGAUAAAAAGAAUUGGAUAACGUCAAAAAGCCUAAACGUUCAUGAAAUCUAGACUUGGAGGGGGCAAAGCCCAAUUAUUUAAAGUGCGUCUACUAUCAAUCAGAAUGCACUUCUUGAUGGCUUUAAUCUAACAAAUAACAUGGUAACUACAUGUACAAUGGAGAAACUUUAUGGCUCUCAAAAUCCUACCUGUCCCUCUUCCCCAAGUGAGUGUCGAGAUAUGCUAAAAUUUCCAAUGUUUUUUCGUACAUUCAGGAAAAAAAAAGGAAGGAAAGUCUUGGGAUCGGUACUAGCUGCCCUGUACCAAAUAUGGCAUCCAACUAUGUUAAUUGGGUUUUAAGUGCAGGAGCUCUUAACAUUUUGAUGUAGCAGAAGUCAAGAAGGAAAUCGUACCUUGAACCAAGAAGGGACGAAAUCUAAAAUCUUUUGAUCUACAAGGAUUGAUAGAGUUGAUCCUUGAUUCUAAAAGGAUUGAAAAACGAGUUCAUUAAAUCAUCAAAUGUUUACUUGGAUUGAUCUUUGAAUUAUAAGGAUGGAAAAAAAUAGAGUCUCUUGAAUACACCUGAAUCUACAAGUAGAGAGACAUAGAGGAGAAAAAUACUUUUUCUGUGUUGAAAAAUGAAUCAUUUGACUUACAGUACAUGCCACCUUAAUUUGGAUGGAAGCAGCUGUAGACCCCCUAAAAAAUGUCAUCUGAUAAGAAACUCUCUAACCAUUAGCAAUUAUUGUGCCGAAGAAAGAAAACGCACUGUAACCUUCCAGUGCCUAACUAAACAAUUAUUGGACUCUUCUUAUUUUUACUCGUUCAUGUCUUUCUGGGUUGUACAUUCUGAGCUGCUUCCUUUUCUUGAAAAUUUAUUCUACAUCACUUUAGAGUUUUGAGUUGAAGUUUAGAGAUAAAUCUUAUUUAGUAUCAGAAGGAUCUUAUAUUAGCAAACUAUUAGGUGAAGGAUCGAACCAAAAUUAACAUUUACAGUCCUAGACUUGAUUUACGCAAGUGUGAAAAAUGACAAAGAAGAUGUAUCAAAUCACAAUUCUUAUUUAUACCUAAUGCAAAAGUUUUGUUGAAAAUGGGGGCGCAUUGGGUUCAUAAUUUCAUUGGAUAUGUCUUAUCUGCACUGCCAAUGGCUCAAUGCAAAAGUGUUAAUCAAGAUUGUUUUCAUAUAUGCGGCCUGUAAAAUUCUUAGGUUUGAUGAGAAGCUGGUGUCCUUUAGAGAUCCUUGUUUGGCCCACUCAUUUUAACAAAAAAACUCAUUUAUGGUCGCAAUGAUAGUCAUGAAUCACCUUUGCACAAUAUAUAAUAGGUGGGCCUUGGCAUCUGGUGUCAUUUAAAAGAUUUUUUUAAGAUGAUCGAACUCUAAUAUAUGCCUCAUAAAAAAAUGAAACAUAAUAGACAUGCCGUUUUAAAAAGUACUUGUGAAUGUUUUUUUGAUGCCAAACACAUUUACACCUCUGAGAUUUUUGCAAUGACCUACGAUAUGAGCAUCAAUGAUAAGUGUUGAUGCGGUCGUGGAUGGUAGGUACUGGAAUCUUUUAAAACAUGACUUAGGAAUAUAGGAUAAACACACUAGUAUGCACCUAUUAUGUUACUUUUUGGAAAAAGAUUGAUAUAGUGUGCUUAUAGGUCUCCAACUUUUGGAUAUUUUUGUUGUAUUGGAAGCUCUCAUAAGGUGCAUGCAGAUGCCAAAAAUAAUGGGAAUAACAAGAGUACCCUUUUCCCAUGUUUCAUAAUCAAUUUGUUUUUUUCCCUCGUUCGCAUCCAUUGGCUGAUUAUUCAUGAAAAAGUUGCAUUUUCUUAUUUCAUUGCUGAUCAAACUAUGGAUCGUUGAUAAAUAUCUCAUUGUCAUGGCAUAUCCUUUUUAUAUUUAUUGUUUAGCGUUUUGCUUGACACUGACAUUGUUCUACAAUGCAGAUAAUGGUAAUAAUAUAAGUUUGAUGAAUGAGCGACGUCCUGAAGUAAAUGAGCUAAGCUGUGCAAAAGUCUUAGAAGAAUACAGAAUGCCUCUGGCGUGGAUUGACUUGGAAAUGACCGGUACCUGUUUUCUUUGAUAUACAUUCUCUUCGCAAAAGUUUUUUAAUAUCCACUUUCGGAAAUAAAUAUACAAUGAAACAAAUAAUCAGUUGAAAAGUUAUUUACUGAUAUUUUCGGACGAUCCUGAAUCUAUGAGAUACUCCAUUCACCAUUGUUAUUUCUUAAAACUGAUGCCUGAACAAAAUAAAAGCUGACUUGAAUAACUCCAUUAAAGGUGUAAUAUAUUAAGUUUGCUAGUGGUUAGAUGCGAUUUUCUCCAAAUAGGGAUGAACCAUGUUGUUUUUGAAUUCUUCAAGUCCACCCAAUUGUUCUAAAAACAAUCGAUCAUGUUGUGGGUUCCACGGCAGAUUACAAUGACAGCUCUCUAAAUAUUUUUUGUCUCCUCUUAUUAUUUGUUUUCUGAAACCCUUCUAUAUUUUAUUCACCUGUUGUAGGUUUGGAUGUUUCUGUUGAUCGUAUAUUAGAGAUUGCUUGUAUAGUGACAAAUGGUAACCUAACAAAGUCAGUAGAGGUGAGUUUUAUCAUUUACCGUCGAUUUCCUUUGGUUCUUAUCAUUCCCCUAUCGCUUUUUCCUCUGAUCAACUAUUUUCCUUGAUGUUUCAUUUUCAGAAACUCUAGUUUCGUAUUUUUGAUAUUUUCUUUUGUCACAUAGUUGCAUCGUUUUGUUGUUACAAUGGCUGGUGCUAGCGUUCAAAUACUUGAAUUGGCAUAAAAUAUUUUAUCGUAAUAUUGACAUCUAACAGCUUGAUUGGGUCAUCCACAACUGUGCAGCGUGCCUAGUUAAGUCUGGGUAUUAGCGUGCUAAUUCACUGGAGUGUAAGAUGCUGCCACUGUAAACAAUUUUAUUUGUCGACUAAUAUUUUUAAAUUCCAUCAAAUUGCUAACUUCUGCUACAUUUCAUUCCGUAAUUGGUUGAUUAAUAUUUUAAGUAAUUUUGUGCAACAUGCAUGCAACAUGUUUAAGGUUCUGCGCAAGUGUUAUUCUUAAUGUAGCACUGUGUUUAAUGCAUAAUCUUUAUAACAUGGACAGGCAGAGAAGUGUGCACAAGCAAGGUUGUACACUCCCAACAUGUUUCUAAUUUUGGACCUGGAACACUGUCUCUAAUGAUGAUUAUUUAGCCAUCAGUGUAUUACAUUUACAGUUACAUUGAAUCUGAUCUGUAUUCAGGGUCCUGAUUUGGUAAUCCAUCAGCCAAAGGAGUGCUUGGAUAGUAUGGGGGAAUGGUGUCAGGAGCAUCACGGAGCUAGUGGUAUGCUUUCUGUCUCAAAUCAACGAAAUCGGGCAUUCAUACGAUACAAGUUAUUUCGUAUCAUUUUUUGAUGGAUUUUGAUCGCUCACUGCUUAUUUAUUUUCCCUAGUUUCUCACAUCAUCAAUGGCCUUCUCUUCUCAAUCUAUUUUUUAGGUUUAACGAAUAAAGUUCUUGAGAGUACAAUUACAGAGAGCGAGGCUGAGAAACAGGUCUACCUUUUCUAUUAUAUCAAGCCAUAUUAUGCCUGCUUAGCUGUUUUCCUAUUUUCAGUAAUUGAUAAGUACUAAAAAUAGUUCAUCAUGUAAAAUAAUUUACAAUCCAUCAAUUUUUUAAAUGGGACAGUGUUAUGGCAUGUAUUCUGUGGAUUUCUGAUAGUAUGAGGAAGUGUGUGAGGUUUGUGUGGAAUUGAGGGGAGUCUGCUUUUUUUUGGGGCAGUUAGGUUAUUAUUUCUUCUCCUGCAUCAUGUUAGCGCAGGACACAUUCGAUGUAUGGAGUUUUCUUGUGAGCUCAUUGAUCACGCUCAUGCAUAUGCUCUCUUCUUUAUUUAAUAUUUAUAUGGUCCAUCAAGAAAGUCCUGGGCCUCUUAUUCCCGAAGCAGUAACAUAGCUUUAUCAGGCCUCCUGAUAGCUAAUCUAGUCAAUGCCUGAAGCAGUAAAAAUCGAUUUGAGAAUUUUAGUUCUUUUACAUGGGAAUUCAAAUUCAUUCGUUAACUAUUGCUCAGAAGCAUAUAUCUUGUCUUGGGAAUACUAGACUUAUGUAAUCUCCUCCGUUGACUUGGAUGUGGACGUGGCAAAUUUCUCACAGUUUUCUUCAGAAAAAAGAAAGGAAAACAAGAAUCAAUGUUGUUAGUUCAUCUGGUAGGAAUUGAGGAGUGGUUUCACAGACCGAGUUCUAAAUCGAUGACACAUUGUUUAUAUGCUGUUCUUGUUGGAGAAGAGAUCCGAACAAUAACCAUACAAAUUAAGCCUGCCUCAUUUUCCACCUCACUGUAAUUGGGGGCCUUUGACCGUUGCGUGAGUAUAUGAUAUAUUUCCCUAUUUGACUUUCACUUAUUAUCAAAUCAUGGGUUUUGUGUACAAAAGAUGGAGACUCGACAAUCUUUGCAGCUGAUCAGAAUUAUUAAUUGUCGAUUGACUAAAACGUUCUGCUGGCUAUCUUUCUUGAUGAUGUUCAUCUGGUUUUGUAACUAUAAUUCUCCUUGAUGGAGUUACUCCCUUGCUGCCUAUAAAAUCCAAAUUCCUGCCGCAUAAAUAAUAUUGAAAUCAGGAGAAGGAGGGGGAGAUGUUUAUGAGGUUUAAAAUUUUCUUCUCAACAAAUAUCUUACCGAGUCUUUAAUUUGCAGGUCAUUGAUUUCAUCAACAAACAUGUUGGAGGCUCAUAUAAACUUCAUCUUGCUGGAAAUUCUGUGUACAUGGACCUGUUAUUUUUGAAGGUCAGUCGUCGUGUUUACUCCAUUUCUCCUUUCCGGAUCUGGCUACAAUUCAUCAGAUAUUUCCUACCCAGUAUUGGCAAGCAAUCAAUUUCCCCGGAAUGGUCAAUAUCUCUAUAAAUACCUACUAUUUACCCUUCUACAAAGUGCCUAGGUUAGCAUGAACACAUUUGACUUUCCCUCAUUGAGAUUCCUUUCCACAGAAAUAUAUGCCGGACUUGGCGAGCCUUUUCUCUCACGUGGUGGUCGACGUCAGCAGUGUGAAGGCCCUGUGUGCGCGGUGGUAUCCGAAAGGUAAUCUAAUCACCCGAGGCAAAGUCAACAGGGAUGAAGAUCUUUGGACUAGUAAUUAAUUUAAUCCCAGAUGGGGGGGAUGGUUUUUGUUGUUUCCCUGCAGAGAGCAAGAAGGCUCCCUCAAAGGAGAACAACCACAGGGCGAUGGAUGACAUCAGGGAGAGCAUCAAGGAGCUCAAGUACUACAAGGAUAAUAUAUUCAAAGCCUCAAAGUCCAGAAAGUGA